AUGGGAGGAAAUAAUACUCCGAUCAGCGGAAAUACAUGGCAGACCAUCCAAAUCCGAAAGAGCGUUGUGCCUCAGCAUCAGAUCUUGAACGUACCUGGGCCGCCCGCUAAGCGAGCGGAGAGAGAGGCAAAUGGCUUUGCGAUACUGCACCUGCAAAGGGCCUUCACGUACGAAGCCGGCCUCAUUCAUCUGCCGUCCGACUUCGACGGCGAUGAGCGCAGGACGGUCUGGAUAUUGUGUGACUUCAACGUCCGAAACCCAGUAGCAAUGUAG